GCCGUGUUCCGAGCGGCCAGAGCGGCCAGAGGGUGAGCUGCGCGGCGUAGCGCGGCGGGGAGGUAAGAUGGCGCCGCGGCUGGCGCUUCACCUUUGCUGUUAGGUUGCCGGUCGUCCUUUCUGUCAGGUUUUGGUAUGAACAGGAUUCGGAUUCACGUCUUGCCAACGAAUCGGGGGAGGAUCACCCCAGUGCCCAGAUCGCAGGAGCCCCUUUCUUGUUCAUUUCCUCACCGCCCAUGCUCUCAACCGCGUCUGGAGGGGCAGGAGUUUUGCAUUAAGCAUAUUCUUGAAGACAAGAAUGCACCUUUCAAACAAUGUAGUUACAUAUCGACGAAGAAUGGAAAACGGUGUCCCAGUGCUGCCCCAAAGCCCGAGAAGAAAGAUGGGGUGUCUUUCUGUGCUGAACAUGCUCGAAGGAAUGCUCUAGCACUUCAUGCUCAAAUGAAGAAGAAUAAUCCAGGCCCUAUGGGUGAAACCCUCUUGUGCCAGUUGAGCUCAUACGCAAAAACAGAGCUGGGCUCUCAGACCCCAGAGAGCAGUCGAAGUGAAGCCAGCCGAAUACUGGAUGAAGACAGCUGGAGUGAUGGGGAUCAGGAACCCAUUACUGUGGAUCAGACAUGGAGAGGUGACCCUGACAGUGAAGCUGAUAGCAUAGACAGUGAUCAAGAAGAUCCCCUAAAACAUGCUGGUGUCUACACAGCUGAAGAAGUGGCUCUUAUUAUGAGAGAAAAGCUAAUUCGGUUGCAGUCUUUGUACAUUGAUCAGUUUAAACGACUACAACACCUACUCAAAGAGAAGAAGCGCCGUUACUUACACAACCGAAAAGUGGAACAUGAAGCUUUAGGCAAUAGUCUCCUGACUGGCCCAGAGGGACUUUUAGCCAAAGAAAGAGAGAAUUUAAAGCGACUAAAAUGUCUUAGGCGAUAUCGUCAACGCUAUGGAGUAGAAGCCUUACUACAUAGGCAGCUGAAGGAACGCAGAAUGCUGGCUACAGAUGGGGCUGCUCAACAGGCUCAUACCACUCGUUCCAGUCAGAGGUGCUUAGCCUUUGUGGAUGAUGUCCGUUGCUCGAAUCAGUCUCUUCCAAUGACCAGACACUGCCUUACUCAUAUUUGCCAGGAUACAAAUCAGGUUCUCUUCAAAUGCUGCCAGGGAUCUGAGGAGGUACCCUGCAACAAACCAGUUCCUGUAAGCCUCUCUGAGGAUCCCUGCUGUCCACUGCAUUUCCAGUUGCCUCCUCAGAUGUAUAAGCCCGAGCAGGUACUGUCUGUGCCAGACGAUCUGGAAGCCGGCCCCAUGGAUCUGUACUUGAGUGCUGCCGAGCUUCAGCCCACUGAGAGUUUACCACUGGAGUUCAGUGAUGACCUGGACGUGGUGGGUGAUGGCAUGCCAUGUCCUCCUUCACCCUUACUUUUUGAUCCUUCACUAACUCUCGAAGAUCAUUCCUUCAAAGAAAUUGCUGGAGGCCCGGGCCAGAUGCAGGUGUCUGGAGAUGGGUCCAGAUCCCAGGGACCUCGAAAUUUAGAGAAAGCCUGUACAUCAUUCCCCCAGCGUGGAUUGGCUACUGCAAAUGGAAAACCAGAGCCCACUUCUAUCAGUUGAUAGUUCAUUCUGAGAAUUGCUUGACUUUGGUGGAUCUGAACUUCUCAUUCUUCAAACAAGUUUAUCUCUGGUCAUCUCUCACUAAACAGGGGCAACCCAGACUACAUGGUGUUUCUUCGGGCCUAUACAGUGCUAAAAGCAAACAUAAGCCAAAUUUGUGAGGAAUGGAUCUUUAGUAUUUAAAAGUUACAGGAUUCUUUGCAAGGAAGAGAGUGUUGGUAAUCUCUGCCUUUGGGAUGGAAUGAAUAUUGGAGACUAUGCCUGGGAAAGAGACGUUUUGGCGAUAUGAUUUCCUAAGCCAUGGAUGAAAUCCAUCUAAGCAGGGGCUGUGGUCCUGAGGUGCUGCCUGUUCAUGUCUGUCCGUCUGUAUCUAAAGACCUGUGAUCAACCCUUUCCUCAGUUCCACAUAGCUGGGCAGUAGAAACCCCGUUCCUAGUGACUGAAAAGCAGCUCACCUCAUAUAUCUGGGCUCUCCUUAAUUGUCCUUGCCUUUAACUUAUGUAAAUGUCUGGUGGAUUCCCUCGUGUAAAUUAUAGCAAAAUUGUUGUAUAUAGUUUCUAUUAAAUGGUAAAAUGUUAUGGAAAUGUAAA